AUCUGCUACAAAUAGACUUUUCCGUCCUUCUCCUCCUUUUAUGGGGUUUUCAACAUGUAACAGCAAGGCAGACAAUGAAUUUCUUGAAUCGUUUGACUGGAAACACUGACGAGGCCAAUGACAAGGAAGUGGGUGUCGGUGGAUGGCUAGCGUCAAUCAAAGAGAAAAGCAAAGACCUCAUGGAAGUAUACAAGCGAGACAUUGGUGAGUUUGCAUCAGUUGUUUCCAAAGAUACAACCGAAGCAGUUGCGAAAACACGCGGCACUAUCGAGAAAAGUCUGGCCAACAAAACAAGUGGAAGUGAUCACAAAGCUAAGCAGCUUCCAAAGUCCAGACAAAGUGAUUGUAGCAAGAGCAAUCGGGUUAACCCGAAGCUUAUCUCAUUACAAAAUACAAAAGAAACAUUCACAAACGAUCCAGCCGACCAUGACGCCUUUGCCUGCUUCCUCGAGGGGUUUGAUGCAUCAAAGCUCUCCAUGGAGAUCAGCGACCUUCUACAGGAUGUGGAGUCUGUACGCUCAUAUCACGAUGAGCUAGUUCCGGAAAUAGUCACGUACAAGCUGUUCUGGGCCCGUUACUUCUUCGGUGCGAAGUCAAUUGCGGAUGAAGAAGCUCGCAAGCACAAGUUUCUCACGGCAGCCCAGCUGUUUGACGAUGAAGACUUCAAGUGGGAUGAGGAUGAAACAGCAUCCCUCCCUUCAAAUCAAGCCGGAUUCCCAGCAAGCAAAUCUGAAAGCAAAGAUAGCAAGGAAGACCAAGUGGAGGUCCCGGAGACGGAUCCAGUAGAACGGGAUGUGCAUUGCGAGGACCAAGCCCCAAAAUCGAAACAAACAGAUGCUGGAGAUGCAGAGACAUCUCUUUUUACAUCCGAGCCUAUUUCGAAAUCUGAGGAGAAUUUUGGAGACGAUAAAACUGAUGAAAGAUUUGAGAGUGACUCUGAAACGCAAAAAGGGAACGAGAAGGACAUGGGCGACACCACUGAAGGAAGUCAGGAUGUCAAGGAUGAUUUGCCAUCCGCUCUGCUGGGCAAGUCAACGUCUACAUGCAUAGACGGGACUUGCUCUGCAAAUGGAUCGGAUGAAUCGUCGGGUUCUACUGUCUUCGUCAGUCACGAGGAGGUCAAAAGGGAAAAAGCAGAGGUGCAGGAGUCAGCUGAGAAGGACGAGAAAGAUGAUGACUGGGCCGAUUGGGAGUGAAGAGAACAACACAUGUCAGUGUAGCUGGUGAUGCCAGUCCACUUUGAUCGUGACAAGAAGUAAAGAGAGUUCUUCAUCCAUUGCACACACGUUAAAGGAUGAUAUGAACCGAAUAUACUUAUGGCUUAUCGAUGAUCAUCGAGGCCACAGAUGCG